GGAAUAGGACGUGCAAGAGCAUGUGUAAUACCAUGUUUCAAGAACGGAAAGCUGCGUUCAAAACGCCGCCCAUGAAAGAUUCUGGCGCCUCACAAGACGUCCGCAGAGCCAAGGCUUUAGAAGAGCAAAAACGGAGAAGAGCCGAGCGGAUAGACUCCAGCAGACAACUCGACUUCUUUGCAGACCUCACGCUUGGUCCCUCAGACGAGGAGGGAGACGAUACAGAGGACGUAGUCCGCGAAGGCAUAAGCCAAUUCGCCUCUCUGUUGCCGCCUCCUGCGAGUGCGGAUGCGAGCUCCACACUACCCGCGGCACCUGCCCUCCCUCCCCCCAGCGAAACCGCAGAGCCCAUCACGCCAGAUGUCACCAUGCAAGCACAAGCACCAAAGAAGAAGAAGCGAAAGGGAAAGGGGCGCGCGACGUCCCAACCUGCGAAAGCCGGCGGCAAGAAGAACACCAAGGCCAGCAAGUGGGCAGACAAGUGCAUGUAUGCGGAACUUCUGGAGAUGCGCGACGGAUUCGACGUCUCGGGCGAUCUGCGCGAUGGCAUCCCAGACGACAUCGAGAGCGGGUGGGUCGCGGUCGCGCCCGUGCCCGUCGGCAAGCGUUGUUUGGCCGUGACGCACCAGACGUCUGGCAUGGCUGGUGUCGUGCCAAAUACGACGCUGCGCUCGCGCGUCCUCGGGAAACCUCUCAUUAAACCUUUUCCGUCGAUCCUCCCUCCACAGACCGUGCUCGACUGCAUCCUCGACGAAAACUGGCGCGAAAACGGGAUCCUCCACAUCCUCGACGUCGUCACAUGGAAAGGACAGGACCUCGCAGACUGCGACACCCCAUUCAGGCUCUGGUGGCGCGACACCCGCCUCUCCGAACUGAGCCCCCUCCCGCCCCCUCCAAACGCCGCGCCCCCCACCCAACAGCACACACUCUACCAAUUCCCCCACCCCACCACCUUCGCCCCCGUCCCCUACCACACCGACACCACGCUCCCCUACCUCCUCUCUACGCUCAUCCCGCUCACGCGCACCGCGCGGCGCCUCCCCAUCACCGUCCCCGUCCUCUCGGGCGCGGACGCCACAAUGGACCUGGACAUGGAUGGGAGCGAUGGGGCGAGCGAACCGGCACCGCUGGUGCAGCUGCAGACGGCGCACGUGGACGUGCAGUCGGACGGGCUGCUGCUGUACGUGGCGCAGGCGACGUACGAGCCGGGGACGAGCCCGCUGAGCAGCUGGGUGCCGCUGCGCGCGUACCAGACGCAUGAGGAGCGGAUAGAGCGGGAGACAAAGGGCGGGGGCGGGAGCGUGGCGGAGAGCCCGCUCGAUGUGUUCCAGAGGCUGAUCAGGCGCAGGGCGGCGAGUGGCGUGGGCGGCGCGCCGGAGGUAGAGAUGGCUCCGUGA